AUGCGGCUGCCCGCGGUACGGCUGGUGCGGCUAAGCCGGAUACCGUACACCGAGCUGCUGGCCCUGCAGGAGCGCUGGCUGCGGCGGCUACAGGCCGAGCCAGGCACUGAGGCGGGCGCGCUCCUGCUCUGCGAGCCCGCGGGGCCCGUGUACACAUCCGGGCUGCGCGGCGGCCUGACGCCGGAGGAGACGGCGCGGCUGCAGGCCUUGGGCGCCGAGGUACGCACCACAGGCCGCGGUGGCCUGGCCACCUUCCACGGCCCAGGCCAGCUGCUCUGCCAUCCGGUCCUAGACUUGCGACGCCUGGGCCUGCGCCUGCGCACGCACGUAGCGGCGCUGGAGGCGUGCGCCGUGCGCUUGUGCGAGUUCCAGGGCUUGUCCGGUGCUUGCGCGCGGCCCCCGCCCUACACUGGCGUCUGGCUUGGGGAGCGCAAGGUCUGCGCAAUAGGAGUCCGCUGUGGAAGGCACAUCACAUCCCAUGGCCUGGCUCUGAACUGUUCUACAGACCUUGUGUGGUUUGAUCACAUUGUCCCCUGCGGGCUGGUUGGGACAGGUGUCACCUCUCUGAGUGAGGAGCUCCAAAGGCACGUCACUGUGGAUGAAGUAAUACCACCUUUCCUUGAGGCCUUUAAAGAGACCUACAAGUGCACGUUGAUCUCAGAGGACAGCUCCAACUGUUCAUGUUAUCACAGCUGGGAGGUCCUGCUUGAAAAGCACCAAGACUGACUUGGGAGUCACUGAAACCCAGAUUCUAGACUUGGCUCUGUCAUUCACUCACCAUGAGACUAUGAGCAAAUUAUGACCUCUUAGCCAUUGUUUCCAUGUGUUUGCUGGUUUAUUUAUAUCUUCUCACCUACCUCAGAUACAGUAGAUGUGAAAACAUUAUGAAAAGCAACACAUGCUAUGUAAAUGUAACAUUA